UUCCCACAAUCCACCGGGGGACAAUGAAGGCGCCUUUUGCAGCCUGCAGCCCAUACAUGUCAACAAGGAGGAGGGGGAGAAGAGGCUCCGCUUCUAGUUAAUACAUCUAAUGCGUGAAUAUAUAACACGCGGGUUUAGUGGGACAAUACGUGUGUCUCAUUCCUCUGUUUAACGUCCUCUAACGUGUAUCACCACCGACAUGGCUCCGUUCAGCCUUGUGACAGCAAGCGUUAGCUGGUUGGCUAAGUCCUUCAGUGUUCUCUCCAGCACAAGCACCCUGGCAAGGUGCGCCAGUGUCCUCCCAUCUGCAUACGUCAACCCAGUGAGAUGUCUGACCUCUCAGGCCAGCGGGCCCCCAAAAAGACCUCUGAACGGAUACCUGAGAUAUGUUCUGCAACAGCAGCCGGUCAUUACUCGACACAACCCAGAAAUCAAAUCCGUGGAUAUCAUCAGGAAAAUCGCCCAGCAGUGGAGAACAAUGAGCCCAGAACAGAAACGGCCUUUUGAGGAAGCCUCUGUGCUGGCCAGGGAGCAGUUUAAGGUGGACCUCCAGCACUACCAGGCCCAGCUGACCCCAGCACAGGUCCAGCAACAAGCCCAGGAGAAGAGGCAGAGGAUGGCCAAGAGGAAGGCCAUCCGCAAAAAGAGGGAGUUGAACAACCUGGGGAAGCCCAAGCGUCCUCGCUCGCCAUUCAACAUUUUCAUGUCAGAGCACUUUGAGGAGGCCAGAGGAACCACCACACAGGCAAAGAUGAAGUCCCUGUUGGAGGACUGGAGGAACCUGUUCAGUCACCAGAAACAGGUCUACAUGCAGCUGGCAGAGGACGACAAAAUUCGCUAUAAGAAUGAGAUGAAGUCGUGGGAGGAUCACAUGAUGGAGAUCGGACGAGAAGACCUGAUCCGAGAGCAGACGCUGUCCACCAAGAAAAAACCUGCCACAAAGACUUCAGCGGCCAAGACGGGAACAAAUGCCAAAGCUAAAGCAGUAAAGAAGGCCACUGCCACAGGGAAGUCCAAACCAACCAGGAAGACGGCAAAGAGUAGCUCUGUGAAAACGGUCAGGACUACGAAGAAGACAUAAGACGGUUCAUCUACGAGAGGGAAGCAAAAAAAGAGCGUUCAUGACAACUGAAACAGAAGUUCUGAUGACCCAGGGCUGUGUUCUGCUUGUUUUUUUCAUCUAACUUAAUAGUCACAUAGUUACCAGUUGUCAUGAAUGCUUCCUAGGUUCAACAGGGAAAAACCUUUUAUAGCAUUCAGACAGGACAAGAUUAUUUCACAAUAAAUCAUCAUCACAUCUGUACAGUAAGAACUUCACCAGAUAAACAAAAUGAUGUAGAGUGGGGUUGUUGCAGGUUGAGAGAGUGAAGAACUUGAUGAAAUGUAAUGAUUUCAGAAGCUUACACAUACUGUCUGAAAUGUUUUAAAGGGUUCACAGCCCUGAGUGUUACCACAGUAUACUUGAGGAGUAUAAAGGUUACUGUUGCAGUCCCAAAAAACAACCACACAUUUCUAUUUUUGGUUUUUCAUAAAGAGUAUUCAUGUAAAAAAAAAAAAAAAAAGUUAUUCUUAGUUUGACUAGUCAACAAAUCCAUAAAAGUCCCAAACCAACAGCGUGUUAGUCCGUGUCCAUAUACCUCCCAUGUGGCUGUCAGCCCCAGGCCCAUUGGUUCCUACUGAAGGCACACAUCUUUAUAAGUGGGAGGCUAAUACUACGUUUGAGGUUUUUUUCUAUUUUCAAAGGAUUUGUUGACGAUAAGAAAACUAGAAUAACAGCCCUAUCCUGAACAGAGUGCAUGUCCCCCGGAAGGGUUUACAGACGGCACUUCCUCUAAAGUCCAGACUAUAGUAAGCUCCCAUAAUGCAACCUGACUGAGUUCUUUGUCUCGCAGCUGCUGUUCAUGUAGCAUAACCUGGUACAGUCAACCUCAAACUGUGAAAUACUGCUUUUUGUCAUUUAUGGCAUAAGUAACAUUACUGACUGACACCACAUUUGUUUUAAACACCAAAUUUGUUUUAAAGUUCCAAAUUAUGCAUUGUUCCAGCUUUUUAUGAGAUUUUGUUUUUGGUUCAAUUAACUGCUGUAAAAAAAGAAAUAAAAAAAAAAGAAGCUGUUAUGGUUGAUGAUAAAUUAGCUUACCUUCAUCCAAAUGAUUAUGUGGCAUACCUUCCUUUGUGCUCAUCAGCCAAUGUGGGUUAAUAGUCCUGAAGUCCACAGUCUUUCUGCUCUUGUAUGUGAUGAACACACCUGUUGAUUAUGAAGAACGUAUUUUCAGUAUUGACCGUUGCUUUUGCUUGUAGAAUGUAUUUAGAGCUACCAGCAUUUAUUACACCCUGAUUUCUUUGUGCUGUGUAUUUACUGAAUAAAGAUGUACAUACACCUUUCUACAACAUGACCUUUUAUGG